AUGUCCCGAAUCAAUACGCUCUCCGCCUCCGACUCAAAAGUCCUCGCCUCAGUCUUCGAUCCCGAGUCCAGCAGCUCCCGCGCAGAAGUAAUAGUAGACCCUUCGUUACCGGCAGAUCGGCGCAUCCGAGAUGCGACACUCCUUGCGGAGCUCCAGGUCCAGGAGAAGAAAGCCGUUCAGCUCCUCGAACGAUUCGAGACAUCGCCUCCCAGCGAAAGAGGCAGGAGAGACGAAGUAUAUCGGAGCGCACUCGCCAUCCUCGAAGGAGUGGCGGAUAAUAACCCACUUUAUGCUUCGGUACUGAACAAUCGCGCACAGCUGAGGAGGUGGUAUUGGGGUGACCGGAACUUGCUCGUGCAGCGAAAGAAAGCUCCGCAGCCUCAACGAAGAACCGCCGGGGAAGCGACAGUGAAGGACCUUCGAAGUUCGAUCUCGCUAGCAUCUCCAGACAGGCCAACGGAUGCUGUAUCGCCUAAGCAAGGAAGACUGCUCGCGCAGGCAUAUACUCAAUUGGGCGCUGUGUAUCAUGCUGCCGCGAAAGAUGUGGGCGCUGUCAGCUCCGAUGGUGAAAAGGUCGAACUGAGUUCAUGUGCAGACGACCCGGUCAGCUGGACCCAAGAGCGCUUUGAGGAGGAAGCGUCGCGCUGCUUCUACCUCGGCGGUCUGUAUGGCAAUGAAGUGGCCAAGGCGUUGGCGGUGCACACCAACCCACAGGCGAAGCUGUGCGGUAACAUCGUCAAGGAGGCCAUGCUCUAA